UCCCUCAGUCUCCCCUCUUUCUCUCUCUUCCCCCUUGCCUGGCUAGCCCUCUGUCCCUCCUCCCCGUCUCUCUCUCUCUCUCUAGAAAAAAAUAAAAUCGAUCGGACGCCAAUACAAUCGAUUAUCUUCUAGGGAGAAAGAGACGCGCCGGAGCAGAGCGGACCAUUGCAAUCGGCGGCAAUGAAGGUCGCUAAGCCAACGAAGGCAAUGAAGGCUUUAAAGGCAAUGAAGCACCAGCAGCCGCACCACCCCAACGGUGUCUCCUCCUCCUCCGAGGCCGUCUCCUCGUCGUCCUCCUCCAUGCCGCCGCCGCCGCCCCCAGCCGCCGCCGCCGGGGCCGACCUGCCGUCGACCUCCUCCUCCUCCCCGGCGGGCAAGCCCCCGUCCAUCGCCGCCGCCGAGGACCUCCUGGCCAUCGUCGCCCGGGAGGGCAGCGGCGGCGCUCAGGAGGCCGUCUCCAUCGCGCCGCGGGAGUUCGCCGCCACCUGCCGGUGGACGGUGCGGAACUUCUCGAAGAUCAAGGCGAGGGCGCUCUGGAGCAAGUACUUCGAGGUCGGCGGGUACGAUUGCCGCCUCCUGAUAUACCCUAAGGGCGACUCCCAAGCGUUGCCCGGGUAUAUCUCAAUCUACCUGCAAAUCAUGGACCCUCGGGGGACAUCGUCGUCCAAAUGGGAUUGCUUCGCCAGCUACGGGCUGUCGAUCGCUAAUGGUCUGGAUGAUUCCAAGACCAUUCACCGGGACUCGUGGCACCGGUUCUCAACCAAGAAGAAAUCGCACGGUUGGUGCGACUUCACUCCCUCCUCGACGAUUUUGGAUUCGAGGUUAGGGUACUUGCUGAGCAACGACUCAAUCGUUAUCACCGCGGAUAUUUUGAUUUUGAAUGAAUCCGUGACAUUCCAUCGGGAUAACAAUGAGAGUCAGUCUACAUCGGCUGCCUCAUCUUCUGGAGUGGUCGGGCAGGCGCCCGACGUGUUGAGCGGAAAGUUUAGCUGGAAGGUGCACAAUUUCAGCUUGUAGGAGAUGAUUAAAACUCAGAAGAUAAUGAGCCCGGUCUUUCCUGCUGGCGAGUGCAAUCUCAGAAUCAGUGUCUACCAAAGCUCGGUGAAUGGCACUGAUUAUCUAUCCAUGUGUCUGGAGAGCAAAGACACAGAAAAGGCGAUGCAGGCCGAUAGAAGUUGCUGGUGCUUAUUCCGGAUGUCGGUGCUGAAUCAGAAGCCUGGAUUCAAUCACAUGCACCGGGACUCGUAUGGACGUUUUGCUGCAGACAACAAGAGUGGAGAUAAUACGAGUCUCGGCUGGAAUGACUACAUGAAGAUGGCGGACUUUGUUGGUCCUGAGUCAGGGUUUUUAGUGGACGACACCGCCAUCUUCAGCACAUCAUUUCAUGUGAUAAAGGAAUCCAGUAGCUUUUCAAAAGCGACAAAUAUGCUGGGGUUGAGGGUCCAAAACAACUCCAGAAAAUCAGAUGUGCAUAUGGGGAAGUUCCUAUGGAGGAUAGAUAACUUCACCAGGCUGAAGGAUAUACUGAAGAAGAGGAAGAUCACCGGUCUCUGUAUCAAGAGCAAGAGAUUUCAGAUCGGAAACCGGGAUUGUCGCCUGAUCGUUUAUCCUCGAGGUCAGUCACAGCCACCAUGCCACCUGUCAGUGUUUCUUGAAGUUACGGAUUCAAGAAAUACUUCCAAUGAUUGGAGUUGUUUUGUGAGUCAUCGAUUGUCAGUUGUGAACACGAAGAUGGAGGAGAAAUCUGUGACUAAGGAAUCUCAAAAUCGCUAUUCUAAAGCUGCAAAGGACUGGGGAUGGCGUGAAUUUGUUACCCUAACGAGUCUCUUUGAUCAGGAUUCGGGAUUCAUUGUUAAUGACGCUGUUGUAUUCUCAGCAGAGGUUCUUAUUUUGAAGGAGACAUCAAUAAUGCAGGACUUUGCUGCUCUGGAGAAUGAUUUGACAGGUAAUGGGUCUUCGGCAGAGAAUGCUGGAAAAAGAAGUUCAUUCACUUGGAAGGUGGAGAACUUCAUGUACUUUAAAGACAUAAUGGAGACUCGGAAAAUCUUCAGCAAGUUCUUCCAGGCUGGGGGAUGCGAGCUUCGGAUAGGGGUUUAUGAGUCCUUUGACACCAUAUGCAUAUAUUUGGAGAGUGAUCAGUCGGUGGGUUGUGAUCCGGAUAAAAAUUUCUGGGUCAAGUACCGGAUGGCCAUUGUUAACCAAAAAAAUCCAGCCAAGACAGUAUGGAAGGAAUCCUCAAUAUGUACGAAGACGUGGAACAACUCAGUCUUGCAAUUUAUGAAGGUACAAGAUAUGUUGGAGGCAGAUGCGGGAUUUCUUGUGCGAGACACGGUUGUUUUCGUCUGUGAGAUUCUGGACUGCUGUCCCUGGUUUGAGUUUUCAGAUCUAGAGGUUUUGGCUUAUGAGGAUGAUCAGGAUGCUCUGACAACUGAUCCUGAUGAACUUAUUGAUUCUGAAGAUAGCGAAGGACUCAGUGGAGAUGAGGAAGAUAUCUUUAGGAACCUUCUUUCAAGAGCAGGGUUUCAUCUCACAUAUGGAGACAAUUCCUCUUACCCAGAAGUCACUCUAAGAGAGAAACUUUUGAUGGAUGCUGGCGCAAUAGCAGGUUUUCUGACUGGACUUCGCGUUUACCUAGAUGACCCAGCUAAAGUAAAGCGCUUGCUUCUUCCAGCUAAGUUUUCGGGUUGCUGUGAUGGAAAGAAGAUAGGGAAGACAGAUGGAUCUUCUCCUAGUUUGAUGAAUUUGUUGAUGAGUGUUAAAGUUUUGCAGCAGGCAAUUAUAGAUUUGUUAUUAGAUAUCAUGGUAGAAUGCUGCCAGCCCUCUGAGGGAAGUUUUGAGGGUGAGUCGUCUGAUCCAAGCCUGAAGAGCUCUCCAGAUGGCAGUGGGGCUGCCAGCCCACUGGAAUCAGACAGAGAAAGCGGUGCAGCGGAGUGCACGCAGUUUCAGUUGGAUGAGAGACUAGACUCUGGUUUAGAUGAAAGUAGUAAUUCUUCUGCUGUACGAAGCUCAGAUAUCAACGAUUCUAACGUCUGUGAAAAUGCACCUACAGUGAAGCCUAUCGAUCCACCUGAACCAUCUACGAGAGGUCAAGAAAAUUUUUGUCUUAGAUCCAAGUCCAAGUGGCCAGAGCAGUCUGAGGAACUUCUAGGAUUGAUUGUCAACUCACUCAGAUCUUUAGAUGGAGCAGUUCCACAAGGCUGUCCUGAGCCGAGGCGGCGGCCUCACUCAGCAAAAAAGAUUGCCCUUGUAUUGAAUAAAGCUCCCCAGCAUCUUCAGCAUGACCUGGUAGCGUUGGUCCCCAAAUUGGUGGAGCAUUCGGAGCAUCCAAUUGCUGCUCAUUUUCUUCUUGGAAGGCUUCAGAAACUAGAUGAUGAGGAGCCUGCUGAAAGAGUUCCUCUUUUUGGUGCUCUAGGCCAGCUGGAGUGUGGCAUUGGAGUUUGGGAACAUCUUCUGGAUCAGACUUUGGAGUUUCUGCAAGAUUCAAAUGACGAGCCUCUCGCAGCUAACAUAGGUUUCGUCUUCAAAGCUGCAUCCGAAUGUCAAAAACUCCCUCAAGCAGUAAGGUCUGUUCGUGAUAGGUUGAAAUGUCUGGGAGCAGAGGUGUCCCCUUGUGUCCUAGACUUGUUGAGUAAAACCAUAAAAAGUCAAAAAGAUCUAGCUGCAGCAAUGCUUAGAGACAUCGAUUGUGAUAAAGAUUUUGGUGAAAUUGACGCGACACUGCCUUAUCGUCUCCUUGUAUGUAGCGAUAAUGGACAGGACACUCAAAGGUCGCAUGCAGUGGAUGAGCAAGCCCUUUUCAGUGCCCGGCAUUUUUCAGAUAUAUAUGUCUUGAUCGAAAUGCUAUCGAUUCCCCGCCUUGCUGUUGAAGCUUCCCAAACAUUUGAGAGGGCUGUGGCUAAAGGAGCCUUUGUGGCUCAAACAGUAGCAAUCGUCUUGGACAGUAGAGUGGCUCGUAGAUUGAAUCUAAGCAGAUUUACUGGUGAAAAUAUGCAGAUUACAGAUGGUGAAGGAGAGGCUAAUGACCAGUUGAGAAAUCAACAAGAUGACUUCACUUCAGUUUUUGGACUUGCUGAGACAUUGACCCUGUCUAGAGACCCUUGCGUCAAGGAUUUUCUGAAGGUUCUGUAUGCUAUACUUUUCAAGGGGUAUCCUGAUGAAUCUUGCCGACAAAGGAUGCUUAAGAGACUGGUUGAUCGUGCUACCAGCACUUCGGAUAGUAGCCGUGAUGUGGAAUUGGAUUUAGACAUUUUGGUUUUACUGGUCUCUGAGGAGCAAGAGUUUAUAAAACCAGUUUUGAGUAUGAUGAGGGAGGCUGCUGAACUUGCAAAUGUGGAUCGAGCAGCACUUUGGCACCAAGUUUGUGGAAGAGAAGAAGAAAUCACACGCUUGCGUGAAGAGAGGAAAGCUGAGAUCUCCAAUAUGGUUAGAGAAAAAGCUGCGGUAUCACAGAAACUGAGUGAAUCUGAGGCAACGAACAACCGUCUUAAGUCUGAGAUGAAGGCUGAGAUGGAUCGUUUUGCACGGGAAAGGAAAGAACUAUCAGAACAAGUCCGGGACGUAGAGAACCAGCUUGAGUGGCUUCGCUCUGAGAGAGUGGAGGAAAUUGCGAAGCUCUCUUCUGAGAAGAAGGCUCUUCAAGAUCGUCUUCAUGAUGCAGAGUCGCAGAUUUUGCAGCUGAAGCGCAAACGUGAAGAAUUGAAGAAAGUGGUAAAGGAAAAGAACGCCCUUGCUGAAAGGCUGAAGAGUGCGGAAGCUGGGAGGAAAAGAUUUGAUGAAGAGCUGAAGCGGUAUGCGACGGAAAAUGUGACCAGAGAAGAGAUUCGGCAGUCCCUUGAGGACGAGAUUAGAAGAUUGAGACAAACAGUGGGACAAACUGAAGGAGAAAAGCGGAAAAAAGAUGAGCGGAUUGCUGAAUAUGAAGAACGUAUUCAUGGUAUGCAAGCACGAUUGGAGGCCUACCAGGAAUAUAUCCAAUCACUCGAUACUCAACUCCGGGAAGAAAUGUCUAGGCAUGCUCCUCUGUACGGUGCUGGUCUGGAUGCACUUUCAAUGACAGAGUUGGAGACGAUUUCGCGCAUUCAUGAAGAAGGGCUUAGGCAGAUCCACGCCAUUCAGCAACAACGUAAGGGCAGCCCUCUUAGCAGUCCUAUCAUGAGUCCCCACACGCUACCGCCGCACAAUCACGGGUUGUAUCCGAACGCGCCCCCUCAAGUGGCGGUGGGGCUUCCCCCUUCCAUCAUGCCCAAUGGCGUAGGGAUGCACCACAGCAAUGGGCACGUCAACGGUGCGAUGGGUCCCUGGUACAAUCCCAAGUAGAGCCCUGGAGUCAGUGCGGGAUGCUCUGCCCUAUCCACCUGGGAUCUGUUUUGCAUUGAAAGUGGAGGGACGAUGAUUUUCUGGAGUGGAAAUUAUUUGGCAUUUUGACUGGCGGGACUGUUGGGAGGAGUGAAGGGCUGUUGUAAUUGAUAGAUAGCUGGACGGAGGAAGGGGGGGUGGGUUGAUUGGUAUCUAGUCCCUAGUGGGACUAACAGUUAAAAUGCCAUGCCUGCUUUUUUUUAUAUUUUUUCAUAUGAUCAAUUAUAGGUUCCAACAAAUUUUGCAAAA